CUUUAUCUAGUCAUUUAGGGUUAAAAAAAAUAUAUAUAUAUAUCUGUAUUUAGUGUAAUCACAGGAGAACUCCCAAACUGCAACAACGUCACAAAGAAAGUAUUCUUCAUAGUCAACACUCUAGCUGUUCUUCGCCAGAUCAGUAAAAGCCAGAGAAAUUGCUCUUUGCUAAAAUGAAGAUUUUGCAGCCUACUUUUUUCUUAUUUGUAUUUAUACCUUUGGUGAAGUUAGCACCACCUAUUCAACAAGAAUCAUUCAACUUUUAUGACUAUGAUACAGACUUUAUCAAAGGAAAAAUGGUGCAACAAGAUGAUGAAAUGAAAUUCAAGGAUGUGAGAAAGCUUUUACAUAUGGAGGAUGGUAUGAUUGAUUCCCCUGACACUAACGUUAAAUUACAGAAUGAUGAGAGCAUACCAGACGUACCACCAACAAAGGAUACAAAUUUGCCCACUUGUCUGCUGUGUGUGUGUUUAAGUGGUUCAGUAUACUGUGAAGAAACUGACAUUGAAUCUGUUCCCCCUCUGCCAAAGGAAACAGCCUACCUUUAUGCACGAUUCAAUAAAAUAAAGAAGGUGGUAGUCUCAGAUUUUGCUGAUAUUCCUACCUUAAAGAGAAUUGAUUUUACUGGAAAUAUGAUAGAAGUAAUUGAAGAUGGAACUUUUUCAAAACUUCUGUUAUUAGAGGAACUUUCACUUGCUGAAAAUAAGCUUGUAAAGCUUCCAGUUCUGCCUCCUAAGCUAAUUACGUUUAAUGCAAACCACAACAGAAUUAAGAGCAGAGGAAUCAAAGCAAAUGCUUUCAAGAAGCUGACCAAUUUGUCACACCUCUAUCUAGGACAUAAUGCACUAGAUUCUGUACCUCUAAAUCUACCAGAGAGCCUGUGUAUUCUGCACCUUCAGUUUAACAACAUAACUACAAUCAAAGAUGAUACUUUCUGCAAAUCUAACAACACACGUUAUGUCCAUCCACACAUGGAAGAGAUAAGAAUGGAAGGCAAUCCAAUCAUCUUGGGAAAGCAUCCUAAUGCUUUUUCCUGCUUGAGAACGCUGCCUACAGGAGCAUACUACUAACCACUGCCUACUCAAUUAUAUAUGCUAUAAACUUAAGUAUGAUAACAGAAGAUCAUUUUUGUUUCUGAGUUUAAAUGGUUGCAUCCUCUCCCUUUUUAACAGUGUUUCUCUACGUACUCAAAGAAUAUUUAACCAUAAUAUAAAUGUAUUCUAGUCUGGAAACUAACUAUGUAAAAAUGCACUUUUUGCUUACCAUUCCCAAUACCACACAUGUUCAAAAUCGUAUGGUUUUGACAGUGUAAAAAAUAGUCUGCAACUUGCAAUUCCUAGGUUUGCAAACAUUCUUUAUUCAGAGGUAGAGCUAUACAAAAAUAUUGUUUGUAUUUUUUCCAGGCUUGGCAGCAACCUGAAAAGUUUUGAUUUCAGGUUGACACAAAAGAAAACUUCCAAGAAAGUGUCUAAAUGCAACAUUUUCAGUCAUUUCAGAAAUUUUUUCCAGCAAAACUGAUGCAAAUCUUUCAGUUGAAAACAGUUUCUUAACUGAAGAACUUUAUCAAGCUCUAUUUAGAGAUAUCAUUCCUUUCAGUUAAAUGUUUUAGUAGUAAUACUCCUGUGACUAUAGGUUGUGGGUUACUUUUAAGUUUGAAUUACUUUAUUCUUAUUAGCGCUGUAGAGCCAACAUAGUAAAAAGAAUGGUAUCCUGGCCUGUGCAUCAGCACAUUUGUUGACCUAAUUCCAGGCACCAGCACAACCCUGUUUUCAAUUAGCCACAUUAGGAUUACAAUGGUAUAAGAACACACAGACUCUCAUAAUGAACCAUCUUUAAUACUGAUUAAAAUACAUUAACUUGACAGAGCAUUAUUUUGCUAAGGAUUUCCUUUGAUUUCAUUUCAGGAAAAGUAGUUGAGCUUAAAUAAGGUUUAAGUAAGCACAGAAGUACUAUUGUUUUUAAUUUUGUAAAUAAAAUAUGUUGCUAAGGAAUUCACUGAGAAGAAACAAAAAGAUUUUUUACAAGAGUCACUCUUCAGAGUAAAUUUUUUUUUCAAUUAUUUGAAAACUGCAAAAAUACUUUGAAUAAAAAUCAAAGUUGAUUUUAUUAUCAAGUACAGAACCACGUUUAAAAAAGUAACGUGAAAUUUAAUUAACACCAUUUAACCCUCAAUUACUUUAAGACCUAGGCACUACCUCUCAUAUUAACGAUCAGGACUUCUGACAGUCAGCUCUCAUUAAAGCAGAGAUAAUACCCUAGAGAUAUUAACUCUAACAACAUUAAUACACAUGUUCAAAUAUUUUUUUCUUUCAAGUGAUUUGUUGUUUGUUUUAAUAAAAAUCUGGAGUGAGCUCAUAUGGCUUAAUUGCUUCAGAAAUAUGAAUGCCAAAACAAAAAAAAAAAGCUACAUGGUUAGUACAAGACUUUCCUAGGCAAGAGAUAAACAUAAGAAGCUUGAUGAAACAUAAGAAGUUCUAAAUUCCCUAAUAAUAUAAUAACUAGCUUAAGAUCUUUAUUAGUAUAGUUAUUUUAACUUCAGGCUUAUAAUGCAAGAUUUAGGGGGGCUGGUAUUUCUAAAACUUAUUAGUAACUUUUUAAUUUUACAUUUAGUAAAACAAUACAUCACUGUGCUGUGGGGCAUUAAAAACUGGACAGUGAAUGCUGUCAAGUGUCCCUUAAAUGCCUCCGAUACCUCCGUAUUUACCUGAAUCUAAGAUGACUUUGAGUUUAAGAUAACCCCUCAAUAAUUACAUUCUAAACCUGGAAAAUUGUAAAUUUGUUAUAAUUUUCCACCUCUAGAAUUUAAUUAUUGGAGGUUGUCUUUAAUCUGUCCCCCUUACUGCUAUGCCAUAAAAGCUGUGGCAAACAACAGGAAAAGCAGAGCUGGGGUAGAAGCAGGGGUACGGGAGGCAAGCUACCUGCCCCCACCCGUUGCCCCCCUGGUGCCUGCCCCCUCACCCCUUUCCUACCCCUUGUUUCCCCCCACCUACCUCCCCCUUACCCCUGCGCCUGCUACAGCUGAGUUAGACUCCAGCUAGGAGCCAUGAAGGGCAGCUCCACAGGGAGCCCAGCUGGCUGGAGACCACAGCAGCAGCAUGCAGAUUCCUCCUUCCCUGCCUGACUCCCUGUCAGCAAGGCCGACAGACAAGGGGAGGCAGGAAGUGGGGCUGGGCAGACGUUGGAAACAGUAAUCUAUAUGCUGCUAAUGCUGUUCCUACCCCAGCUGGGCUCCCUGCACAGCCACUUCUCACAGCUCCCAAGUGUGAUACUUUAGUCUAAGAAGAGGCUUUGUUUUCCUCAUGAUGAAUGGGGGUGGGGAAGGACAACCUUGUCAAGUAAAGUCAAGUAAAUACAGUAUGACUAUGAACAUGUGAGUACAGAAAUCUAACAGACUUUUUAGUAGUGUCCAAAUCAAAAACGUUAUUUGGGUUGGUAUGUUCUCCUGAAAGAAAAACAUGGUUAGAAUAGUUUUAAACAUGGAAAGCCACAGGAUCUUUAUGCCUCUGCUCUGUAAUUUAAAGUAAACUUAGUACCAGUUUAAAUUCUCUACUUUUAAACAUGAAUUUAUCAGUCUACUAUGCCUUUAAUAAGUUUAGAGAGUUAGUGUCUAAACGUUGUAUUACCACUUUCUAUUUAAAUAUAUUAAUGACUCAUGAAACGCUGAUGCUUUAAUAUUUUUGUCCCAUGUAAAAAUAUUUAAAAUAAUUCCACAGCAAAUGAAAUUAAAUUCAAAGUUCAAGUCAAAGUGAUACCAAGAGGAAAAAGGAAACAAACAAUCAAACAAACAAACACUAUAAGGACACUCUUUUCUCCUUAUAAUGUCAAUUGCUUAAGAUGAAGAAAACUCAAAUAAACAAUAGCCAGUGUACAAUACUGUUGCAUGUGUAGUAUCCCAGAUCUUGCCCUCAUUAUAAAUCAUUAAUAAUAAACAAAGUUUUCAAUAAGACCAAAAAUGAUUACAAAUGGUCUUUACACUGCUUUCCUAGGAUAAUAUCAUUUUUAUAUAUUAGAAAGCUAUAUUAAAAUUACACUUCAACUGCCAUUAAAAGCUUAAUUUAUAAAAUGUACUAGAUAUUAGCAGUUAUGCUGAUUUCAAUUAAAGGCAAGUGAUAUUCUCUGAAAACCAUAAAAGUGCAUUAAUAAUGCACAAUAAUUAAUUUAUCCAUCCCACCUAAUAGUAGUUUAGCUCUCCAGAUCCCUUAAAUAAUAUUAAUAUGGCUGUAAAAUGAAGGGAUUUUAAAAGAUGUGUUAAUAAAUAAAAUCUGCAUCGCAAGCUUACUUCCUUCAUUAGUAAUCAUAUCUUAUGAAGCUGAAUAUGGAUUUCUUGCCCUACUGAUUUUUUUAAAAUGAAAGUUUAAAUUACUGUUCUCUUAUCAGUUCACUAGCAUCAGUUAAAAUGUAUCAGCAGAGCUCCCAAAGCAGAUCUGAUUAUUUAAAAUUUUACAAGUCUACAUUAGCAUAUUAUGAAUUUAUGCCAUCCAUGUUGCUGCACUGGUGAAAAUCCCUAAUGUAGACGUACUUCAUUGCUACUAGGGGACGGCAGGAGUAUAAAUCAAUUGGUUUAACUACCAAUAAUACAGUAUUAACCCCAACAAAUAAAAGGUAAUGUACAAGACACCUCCUCACCCCUUCUGAUUAUACAUGUGACAUUUUUGCGGAGCAUGGGCAGAAGUAGGUAUAAAAAAAGUCAGUGCUAUUUUUUAAUUUUUCCUUUUAUAACCUAGGAAAACUAAUUCUACAAGGUUACAGUACUGUUAUAAUUUUUAAACUAUAAUGCUUAGCAGUUUCAUUAAAAAAAAUGGACCUACCUGUUUAUCAUAUCUAUUUAUAUAUCUUGACUUCUAGAGAAGUCAGCCAAAGACAUUUUGGGGUUAUUGCUCAUUGCUUGCUUUAAAAUUAUAGGUAACUAUAUAAACUGCGACCGAGAUGUGACUUAUAAAAUCUAGCACAACCAUCAAUCCUUAAAUUACUACAGUUUUUACAUGCAGUUCAUCGCCUGUAUAAAAUGCAUUUAUAGCAACAUUUUUGCACUCGAGGGAGAAAGUGUUUCCAAAAGUGUUAAACCUCUCUCACAAAUAUAGUUAGUCCAAUAAAACAUAUAACAAAAACACUUUUCCUAACAGAAAUCAAAUGUGUUUCAAUUUAGUUAACAAAAUCAUUACACCUCUUAAAGCAGAAAGUUCUACGAAAGAACAAAAACCAAGUGUGGCUGCUACACAUCUCAAAGAAAGUCUUAGUAUGGAGAGGCAAGGAUUUCUUAGGGUGAUGUCUUUUAUUAGACCAGCUAUGUAGCUGGGAUAGUAUUAAAUGAGCUUUCAAAUGCAAGACAUUCUUCCUCAGUUCUCUGAUCACAGGGAACUAGGCACGGCAUAGUCACUAUGGCUCUCUGUAAUCAGACCUGAGGAAGAAUGUCUUUUAUUUGAAAGUUUGUCUAAGUCUAUCCAAACAACACAGUUGGUCCAAUAAAAGAUUACCAACCUAAGAAAUCGUUGCCUCACACAGAAUUUCUGGACCACUACAGCUACAAUAUUACUUUUACAUUACCAUUGGCAUGAAGAAACAUAAUAGGAUGGCCACCUAUUUAGGACAUUUGCCAAAAACUAACAUUUCUCAUGGCUACCCAACCAUUACUAUUCUAAAUAAUCUUAUAAAAUAUUUAACACAAACAAAAAACUGUAAACUAGCGAUUUGGGGGACAGUCUCCAUUCACUAUCAUUUCAUUCUCAUCAGCCACAUUCCCCACAUGAAAUAAUCUAACAUCUCACUCUUCAGGGUGGACCACCCCAGCACACAAAUGCACACCAUAAGCAACACUGUUAAAAUUUACAUAUGUGAACUUAUAGCAAAACGCUCCAGUGUGAUACUGUGGAAAGUCAUUAUAUGGGGAUGGUGUCUGUACCCUUGUGAUACUGUCAAAGAUUCCUAAAGUAUGUACAAAGGAAUAUUUAUUUUUAGCAUAAGGUAUCCCUUUAUUUUCAGAUGGGUGCUAACAGUACUAUAUUCACUGUUUCAUCCUUUCCCAAAGUCUAUUAGCAAAGAAACAGAAAUAAACUAUACCAUGGGUCAUGUUUUCACCAUUUCCUAUAUCAUGCCUCUGGACCUUUUACUGCCUCUCCCACCUUCAGAAAUACUCUUUAUACUUCUACAAAAAGCGAACUAAUUCUCUUAAUAGGUCUACAUUCUUCACAUUUAGUAAAAUGUCCCAAAAAUGUAUGCUUUUUCUAAACGCUUUUGUUAUAAAAGCUGUUAAAAAAAAAGAACAUUAUACUUGUCAUAGAGAAAGAUAUUUCUGGUAUAUCAAUAGCAAAUCAUCAUAAAUCUGUGAUCUUCACUACUCAGUAGCCAGCAUUAAUAUUUUGCAAUCUAAAUACCAGUUUACCAGGACAAACAAACUUUUCCCAUCUUUUAUUAUCCAAAUGUCUAUAUACACAUUCUAAGGACUAAUAACAUAUCAUUGAACAUGGUGGCUACAAGUACUCCAUAUUUCCCUAAUCCUUCUUUUCCAUGUGAGAGCCCUUGAAAGAACAAUCAGAACUGCUCUUAUACUAUGGCUUGAAGUACUUCAGGGUGGAUUUAUCUGAAUAGCUGCUGAGAAAUAUAGGAUUAAAAAAAAAA